AUGAGCGGUGAUUCCUAUCCAGUCAUCCAUACCGUUGGUUCCGUCGACGGACCCGACCAAGCGAAUCUCAGUGGCGAGAAGCCUGGGUCCACGGAUAGUAUCCCGCCCAGAGUGCCGGACAGCAAGAUGGACAAACCCGGAAAUAGAAGGGAAGAGCCACUUGGCAACACAGCCGCAGGACCUGAGAUGCAACACGGCGCUACCAGCACUCCUACUUCGAGUGAGCCCGGGGUGAUCGGGGAGAUCCGGACGGUUGGUAGUGCGGAUCCGGGCGGUGGAGAUGCUGGGGCGAGCAGCGGAAGAAUCUAA